UUUACGGCGAAGGCUCUAUGACUGACUGAAUCGGAUUGAACUGGAUCGAGUUAGGUAUCGUUCUUCUCGUUAUAUUCUAAGCUUUCUCCAGAGGUCUGUCUCAGCGCUGUAUGUUCUCCGAGCCGAUCGUAAUUGUAGCAGACAGCUGACGUGCGUAUUUGUAAAUAGCUAGGUUACCCUCGGACCGAUGACUGAUGUGUUUUAUUACGUUUAUCAUUGUUUUAGUGUUAAAAAUCAAAAGUAGUGAUAUACGUGGUGCAUUAUAAGAAGAUUUAAGUGAUUUUGAAGGGCUGGUUGAUGAUCCUGAAGAAAUCUAGUUGGGGAUCUCCAGUUUCUGUCAUGGCUGAUGAUAUGGUUCUAACGGCACGAGGUUCGUUGGUGGCAGCUGGAGGCUCACAAAAUACAGACUUAGGAGAUGAUGAUGAACAAUUAAUGCAACCACCAUCCUCAAUAAAUGUGCCACAGAAAGCCAGCUCAUCCACAGCACCACAAUCUGCAAUGCCUAUAUCUCUGCCUCCGUCUGCCGUAGACACCGGGCCGACCCUUACUGUUCAAAAUCUGGUCUGCACAGUGAAUCUGGACUGCAAGCUGGAUCUACAAAAGAUUAACUUCCGCACACGCAACUCAGAGUAUAACCCUCAGAGGUUCUGUGGCGUGGUGAUGCGAUUGAGAGACCCACGGGCCACGGCACUCAUCUUUAGCUCCGGCAAGAUCGUGGUGACAGGCACCAAACACGAGGAUCUCGCUCACCUUGCUACCAGGAAGUUCGCUAGGAUCAUCCAGAAACUCGGGUUUAAGGUGAGAUUCCUUAACUUCAAAAUUCACAAUAUGGUCACCAUGUGUGAUCUCCGAUUCCCAAUAAGGCUUGAAAAUUUGAAUCAGAUGCAUGGACAGUUCAGCAGUUACGAACCGGAACUGUUUCCUGCUUUGAUCUACAGAAUGGUUAAACCUCGAGUUGUUUUACUCAUCUUUGUCAACGGAAAACUUGUCAUAACAGGUGCGAAAAACCGAGAAGAAAGUCAAGAAGCUCUGGACAACAUGCACCCUAUUUUGAGAAGUUUCAAGAAACAAUAAAGGGUAUUUUUACCACAACAUUGCUUAGUUUUAUAAGCAACUUAAACUGUGAUUUUUACUGAGGUUCUGAAUCUUUUAAAACUGAAGAUUGAAAAUGUAUAUUUACUAUUUAUAUUUUAAUACUUUCGCAUGAACUUGUGAAACUUUUGUUGUACAAUUCUUUGUGAUACGAAAUCUACAAAGUGGUAAUUCAAAAUAACGUUUGCUAGAAAUAAAUGCUUUUGUAAGAUUCUAUAGAAUUCCAGUACAAAAAAAACAUCCAGGUAUCUAAAUUUUAUCGAAAUACAAUUUUAAUGAUCACUGAGUGAAUAAUGUAGAUGCCUGCCUCCCAUGUUUUUGUUCGUUUCAUCUGUUUUCCUCCCCCCUCCUAUGAUUUUUAGAUUUUCGUCCCCUUUCCUCCUGUUUAGCAUUCCUCCCUCACUUUUUACUUUCCCAUUCUAUUGCUUUUUUACUUUCUCCUACCCUUAUUUUUCCUUUUUUUCUCACCUUCUGUUUUUCCUUCCCCCCAGAUUUCUUUCGUGGCAUUCCUAGUUUCUCACAUUUUCCUCCCCUUUUUUUGCUCUAUAUUUCAGUGGAAACCGCAAGUGCAGGCCUAAAUAAUAGUAACAUUUUUUGUAAUUAAAGUUAAUUAAUUGUUUUUCCUAUACUUGUGACUUUUCUCCUUGUUCAAAAAAUGUACACAUUACAUUUUAGUUAGCGUUAAGUUAGAUUCAUUCAAACUCAUGUUCCUGUUCCUACAUUAUUUUUAGAUACAGUACUGUACAUUAUUUACACUUCUGAGUUGUGAUGUUUAGUUUCAAUGUACUGUAAAGUAACCAUGCUCUAGAACUUUAUUUAAAUAACUUUUAAAAUAUUUAUUUUAUUUUAAAUAACUGUGUUAAUGAAGUCUCCAGAACAUUGACCAUGUUAGUGAUAUGUGUAUAAUAUCACCUUAUUUAUAUUUAUUUUUAUGCUUUUGUAUGCAUUCUUGGUAAAAAUACCUCAAUAAGAUGUCUACCUCAAUAAUAAGUUUAAUUCAUUUCCAAAGCGAGUCCUGCUAUUUGCUACUAGGUUCUACUGUAUUGGAUAUCUGUCAAGAUAUCUAACUCUGAAACUUUAAAAAAUACAAUUUACUUGAUGAAAAUUAGAAGUCAAAACUGGUUGUUUUUAAGAAAUAUUCUAAACUGUUAAUAGUGAUAAUACCUGGGUAAUUUAUCUAAAUUUGUUAUUGUUGUGUUAUUUGCUGUCCUUGAACAUUUUUGUAAUAGAUUUUAUUUACAUUAAUAUACGUUUUAUGUUUGAUCUAACAAAGAUUUUAUUGUGAAAUCUGAUUUAACCCUUUGAGUGCCUCCGCGUCUCCCUUCGAGACGCACCAUUGUCGUAGCUUGAGUGCCAAGCGUCUCGGAGCGAGACGGUCAAGAUUACGUGAGAAAUGCCGGCGUUUCGGAGCGAGAUGCUCAGAUAAUCCACUAUCACAUUUCAAUAAAGCUGGCUGCAAAUCACACCAAAUGUGACAGAAGCAGGUUGGCAACAACUAUUUUGCUCUUUUACUGAACAAUGUAGCUGAGAAAUGUGGUCAACCAAUCAAAAACCACUACGCAAUAGUAGACGGCUUUACACAGCUGGUUCGUCUGUUGUUGUUUCGACUGUUUACGAUUUAGUAAAUGUUUGUUUACGAGUUGUUGUGGUUAUAGAAUUUCAGGUUAUGGUCAUGAAUUGUUGAAAAAUAUAUUUGAAACCUUUAAAAAGAUAGAAUAUCACAAGUUAUUUGUGAGGUUUGGUGAUAGUUUGUGGCUAUAAUCACAUAAAGUGUACCGGUAACUGGACUUGGUAACUUAGGCCUAUAGGUGCAUGAUUUUGUUUUGACCGUUUGCAUAUUUUGUGCAUGGCUUCUAAUAGUAUUCUAAUAGUAAUUUGAAUUAUAAACAUAAUAAUAACAACAUAAAAAUAAAAUACAGUCAAAUGUAAAAUGGUAUAGUUUUGUCCUUAACAUCAUAAGUCUUAGAGCACGAUUUAGGUUGUUUGCUGGGUAGGGCCUAGAAUUUUUCGAGACUUCUUUGUAGUAAAUAUUACAUAUUUUUUUGGACAUAUGUAAUAAAUACAUUUGUUAUACUGUACAUGGUUUCUCUUUAGUUUUUAAUGCUCUUAAAAUGAUUGUGAAAUUGAAGGUCAAAAAAUAAUUUUAAAUUAUGUUAUUUUAACUCAAACAUUGAACAUGAGGAUAAACUGCACCAUAUUUCUGUCCUGCCCAUGAAAAUAUUUUAUUUUUACUCAUGAAACCCAACUAAAGUUAGUAAUUUACAAUGCACGAUCUAAUAAUCCACAAAACAAAACAAAUUUAGGCCAAAAAUGUUAAUAAAUAAGUAUUUUAUGACGAUUUUCCUAAACACCUGCAUUUAUGUGUAGAAAUGGCCGGCAUUCCUAAAAGCAACACCACAUGUAGACCUGGCAAACCUCAAAUAAAAUUGUUUCAUCCGCUCGAGGCACUCAAAUGGUUAAAAAUUAGCCUUUGGAUAAAAAUAACUAAACUAACUGAAGCCCAAACUUCAGCAGUAAUCCAAAAAGUUAUUUCAAGACUGAUCAGUGAUCAACUUGUAUAUUAGGUUGCAAAUAAA